AUGGGGGACUCAACACAACAGAUCCGUGACCAUAUUAUGCGCCAGAUUUCAGAGAUUCUGCCUGAAUUUCUGCGAAAUGUUGAUUCAAGCGCGAUACGAAUACUUGGUGAUACCCCGAAUAGUAUUCUUGAUCCUGAAGAUUAUUUAGGAUCUAUAAGUCCGUUUGCCUUAAAGGUCCAGGAUUGCCUCCAUGAGUUUGAUGAAGAUAAUAGGACUUGCUUCGUCGCGGUAAAUAUUUACCGUGGAAAGCACUCCUACUUCGUGAUCGACCUCAAUAAUACCGCCUAUAACUAUCAAACUGCUCAUCAAUGCAAGACGCCAAUACCCAUCUACGUCCUUCGCCUAUCGAAAAGAAAUCCCAAGAUUUACAGAAAACAAGAACUGGAUGAACCAAUCGCUGAGGCCCUUAGAGUCAUGCACAAUGGCCAUGGCCAGGACCCUCUACCUUUGUUUGACAAUUAUUAUGACGAGAAUAUCCAAUACCGGAACCCACGCAGCCUCCAGAAUUGA